AUGGAUUUCGCAUACGACCAUAUCCAGGAGGAGAUCCUGGCCUCAAACAAGGCCGAGGACUCCUCUGAAUCAAAUAACGAGAAAUCCAACAGCAACCUCAACACCGAGCUCCAAGAAACCUUCCGCGCCUUUUCCGCCAGUCCGUGGGGUACCCGAAUCGGAGGACUCUGGGACAAUGUACGCAAGCAGGGAGAAAGCUAUUACGAAGGCGCGCAGAAGGAAUACAAUGCUGCCAGCGAGGAAGCUGUAAAGGGAUUCUCAGACCUGCGCAACACCAUCGUCGAUCGAACAAAGGGGCUGUCUCUCAGCACGGUUGGGCUUACUGGCAGCGAAGCACCGACGGAUGGAGCCGCUACGCCCACGGCUGCAACGGAAGGAACCUCAAAGGACCAGGCGCAGGAAGCCGGUGCUAGUGGUGAGGGAUUCAUCUCUCGGUUCAAGGCCGAAGCCGCCCGGCGAUUCAAGGAGAUUGAAAAGGCCGAAGAAGCUGCCGACGAAGCUAUCUUGCGAUUCGGCCUGAAUAUCAGCCAAAAGCUGCGCGAGGCUGUGAGCAUUGUACCGCCCGAGACCGACGACUCGGGCAAGCUUCUUUUCGAGAGCAAGGAUGCCGACGGCAAGCGGGUCAUUCAUGCCACUCGAUUCGAGGCCCAGCUCCACGUUAUCCAUUCCAAUAUGGACAGCUUUACCAAGGACCCGGUCAGCGACAAGUUCCCCGAGUUCAAGAACGAAUUCAAUGUGGAGAGCAAGACCGACGAAAUUGCCGCCGACCUGGAGAAGUACCCUGAGUUGCGGGCGACCAUGGAGAAGCUUGUCCCGGAGAAGGUGGAAUAUGCGGAGUUCUGGACUCGGUACUACUUCUUGCGCCUUGUCAUCGAGACUGAAGAGCAGAAGCGCAAGGAGCUGUUGAAGGGCGCCAACGUUGAAGAGGAAGAAGAAGUCGGCUGGGACGACGACUCCGAGGACGAGUCUGAAUCCCCGUCUACUCCCCAGGUUCGCCCUGGCACCCAGAAUCUUGCCGCCAAAGAUACUCAGAAGCCCGAACCUCGCCGAUCCAACGACCAGCAAUCCCAGGCCGACAGUGAAUCAAGCUACGAUGUCGUGAGCGGGACCGCUAGCCGAGCCCCUGGCAGCCCCAAGGAGAAGAGCCCGACUGCCGACACCAAGGCGGAUGACAGUGACGAGGAUUGGGAGUAA